CCCUGCUGCUUGCCUGGAGAGAACGCAGCAAUGCCUCUCAGUGUCUCGCUUCCUGAGCUGUCUCACAGUAGCCAGGCGGCGUGGGGCAAUCUGAGCACGUCUUACUCCCACUCCUGCAGGAAUCCCGAUGCAGGCCAAGUACAGCAGUACAAGGGACAUUCUGGAUGAUGAUUGGGACACCACCAUGAGCCUGCAUUCCCGAGCCUCCACCACAACACAGAGGCCAGAGCCCAGGCACACAGAGCUUGGGACUCCCUCUGCAGCCUGGCGCCUGGUGGCUCUGACCCUGCUGACUGUGUGCGUGGUGUUGCUGAUAGGCUUGACCAUCCUGUGCUUUGUGUUUUUUCAGUUCUACCAGCUCUCCAAAACUCAGCAAAACAGUAUCUCCCAAAAGGAAGAAAGACUAGGGAAUCUCUCCGGACAGCUGCAAUCUCUCCAAGCCCAGAACAGGAAGCUUGCAGAAGCUCUGCAGCAUGUGGCAGAAAAACUUUGUCAUGAGCUCUAUAAUAAAACUGGAGGACACAGGUGCAGCCCUUGCCCAGAAAAUUGGAAGUGGCAUGGGGACAAAUGUUACCAAUUCUAUAAAGAGAUCAAAAGUUGGCAGGGCUGUGAAUAUUUCUGCGUUGCUGAGAACUCUACCAUGCUGAAGAUAAACACACAAGAAGUGCUGGAGUUUGCCAUGCCUCAGAGCUACUCCAAGUUUUUCUACUCUUACUGGACAGGGCUUUCCCGCAACAGCACUAGCAAGACCUGGCUGUGGAUAGAUGGAACCCCUUAUUCUUUUGAACUGUAAGCCUUUAGAACGUUUUAUGGGAAAAGCAUUUUAUAGAGAGAUUUUGCUUGAAUGAUAGAGUUCAACAGUUUGGUUCACUAAGCAUUAAUCGAACAUCUGCUUUUUAUUGCAUACUAUGUUUGCAAGAGGAUGUCCAAAGAUGUUUGAAGCAUAGUGCUUACUCUUGAAUUGCCUAUAAAUCAGUGAGUAAAAUAUCAGGGACAGUUGUUUGGGGGGGUCGGGGAGAGACACAGAGAGAGAGAGAGGAUAAGACCUAAGAUUUUCUGGCUUUUCAUGUGUGAAGUAGAGAGCACAUCUUUAAAAAUACAGUCUCUGAGAAUAUAUUUGCUGACAAUAUAAAACAGUACUACUAUUUUUUAAAACUAGUUUUACUAGCUGUUGUGAACAUUUAGAUAGGAGUAUGUAUGGUAUCCUUUGAAAUAGGAAAAUGUAAUUUCUAUACAAAAUAUGUUACGGUUAAGGCUAUGUUUGAACAGAUACCUUUCCCCCCCUAUAUAUAGCAUAGCAUUUAUUCUCCUAGAAGACAGUACAUAUACAAUGUAAUUAUUUGUAUUUUACAGUUAAAUAAACUGAGUCAUGGGGAAAGUAGAUAACUUUUUGAAUGGUAGUGAAAUCAUUUGAUUAAAUGAUUAAAACA